AGAAGCAGAAGAGGCAGGCCGGUGAUUUUCCACUGCCGCUGAUGUUUCUAGUCCCCCCACCGUUGCAAGAGACAAAGGUCAGGAACAGAGGCUUAUAAAUAGGAUAAAAUUCAGGCUACCUACGCAUCCAGAUCUCAGACACAGGGGGACACAGACAAGUGGAAACGGACAAGGGACAGCGCUCAAAGGACAUUAAAAGGACACAAAUAAUACAGAAAAUCACAUCAGCAGAGCAGAAUGGCUCAGAAAGAGAAGCUCCAGUGCCUGAAGGAUUUCCAUAAGGACACUCUGAAACCAUCUCCUGGCAAGAGCCCAGGCACUCGGCCUGAAGAUGAAGCAGAGGGCAAACACCCCCAGCGGGAGAAGUGGGCCAGCAAGUUGGACUUUGUUCUGUCUGUAGCUGGUGGCUUUGUUGGUUUAGGGAAUGUGUGGCGUUUCCCGUACCUCUGCUAUAAAAAUGGUGGAGGUGCAUUUCUCAUCCCAUACUUCAUUUUCCUGUUUGGUGGUGGUCUGCCAGUCUUCUUUCUGGAGGUCGCCCUGGGUCAGUUUACCUCCGAGGGUGGUAUCACUUGCUGGGAGAAGCUCUGCCCCAUCUUUACUGGUAUUGGUUACGCCUCCAUUGUGAUCGUUUCCCUUUUGAAUAUCUACUACAUCGUCAUCCUGGCCUGGGGCGUCUACUACCUGUUCCAGUGUUUUCAGCCAGAGCUUCCCUGGGCCAAGUGCAAUCAGCCGUGGAAUACCGAUCGCUGCAUCGAGGACACCUACCGCAAUAACAAAACCCUUUGGCUGGCUUCCAACACCUCCAACUUUACUUCCCCUGUCACCGAGUUCUGGGAACGCAAUGUGCUGGGAAUCAGCAAUGGUAUUGAUGAGAUAGGCCCUAUUAAAUGGGACCUGGCUCUGUGUUUACUGCUCGUCUGGGUCAUCUGCUUUUUCUGCAUCUGGAAGGGAGUCAGGUCCACUGGCAAGGUGGUCUAUAUCACUGCCACGUUCCCAUUUGUCAUGCUUAUCGUGCUGUUGAUCCGUGGAGUGACACUGCCAGGUGCUGCAGCGGGUAUCAAGUUCUACCUGUACCCAAAUCUCACUAAACUGCAGGACCCAGAGGUCUGGACUGAUGCUGGAACCCAGAUCUUCUUUUCCUACGCCAUCUGUUUGGGCGCUAUGACUUCUUUGGGGAGCUACAACAAGUACAAGUAUAACUGCUACAGGGACUGUUUGCUGCUGGGAGCCCUCAACAGUGGUACCAGUUUUGUGUCUGGCUUCGCAAUAUUUUCCGUCCUGGGCUUCAUGGCACAAGAGCAAGGGGUGGCGAUUUCUGAUGUGGCAGUGUCAGGUCCAGGCCUGGCAUUUAUUGCCUACCCCAAGGCUGUAACCAUGAUGCCUUUUCCUACAGUCUGGGCAAUUCUCUUCUUCAUUAUGCUGCUGCUGCUUGGCCUCGACAGUCAGUUUGUGGAGGUGGAAGGGCAGAUCACAUCACUGGUGGAUCUGUAUCCGUCCUUCCUAAGGAAGGGUUACCACAGAGAGGUCUUCAUCGCUAUUGUCUGCUGCAUCAGCUACCUGCUGGGACUUACCAUGGUUACCAAGGGUGGCAUUUAUGUUUUCCAGCUGUUUGAUUACUAUGCAGCUAGCGGUGUGUGCCUUCUGUGGGUGGCAUUCUUUGAAUGUAUCGCUGUUGCCUGGGUUUAUGGCGUUGAUAAUUUCUAUGAUGCUGUUGAGGAGAUGAUUGGCUAUAGACCAAAUCCAUGGAUGAAAUGGAGCUGGACUGUUGUCACUCCUUUACUGUGUGCGAGCUGUUUUAUUUUCUCCUUGGUCAAAUUCAAGCGACUGGCGUAUAACAAGGUGUAUAAGUAUCCUGACUGGGCCAUUGGAAUAGGAUGGACUUUGGCUUUGACCUCCAUGAUCUGCAUCCCUAUGGUGGUCGUGAUCAAGAUCAUUCAGUCUGAUGGGCCGCUCAUUGAGAGGAUCAAGGCGGUGGCAGCCCCAGUUCGUGGUGGAGCCAGCUCCCGUCCUGCAGACCAUCGUGGCCCCAAGGAUCUCACCUACCCACUGGAUCCCAAUGGGAACCAGGGGCUGCUGAUGAAGGCCCCUACCCACACCAUCGUAGAAACAAUGAUGUAAAAGAAUGAGGUGGAGGCCCUCCAUGAGAUUGCUCUCCUCUCUUCUCCUCUCCUCUGAUGUUCUCUCAAUUGCUUCUAAAGCUAGUUAGCUUUCUGUCUGUCUGUUCGUCUGGUGGACUGAUAAGGGUUUUAAGGAAAAAAUAUGUUGCUGUUUCAAAUCUUUUAGGAGUACUUUGGAAGUAGUUUGCUGUUGGUGGUUUUAUUAUGAGGGUAGCAAUCACAUUUCAAAUCUAUUUCUAAAAUACUUAAAAGCUCUUUUUUAAAUAUUGUGUCCCACCAUUGUCUUCUUUAAAGACACAGUGGCAAAUUAGCACCAGCCUCUGGUCUUGUGCUGGUACAUGUCUGUUUGGUCCACCAGCUACUUUUGUAGAAAAUGAAGGGAGAAGUGUUUUUUUAAGUCUUGGAAUCAAACUGCCUUUCGUAGCCACAAUAUGAAAAACGUUUCUGAAACUUCUACGAUGACCAAAAAUGUAACUUUAACUCUUCUGCACUUAUCUGAAAGCAUAUCGUACCAUUGGGUCCAGCUUUGGUUUAUUCUGGUCGACUGUGUUCAGUUGACUGUUUUUUUGUUUUUUUGUUUUUUUUUUUUUAAUAAAUCAGAAGUUAGAGACUCUUCAGGUACAGCAGUAUUAACUAAAACCGUUUCUUUUCUUUUUCCAAAUGUUGUUGGCACAAAGAAAGUGUCCCAAUCCAACAAAUGUUAUUUCUUGUAAACUGAUUUGUUUGUUUCUGGUAUCAAAUAUUUCUUAAUCAGCAAAACUUGACGAGUCAAAAUUAAAGAAUGAAAAUCCAAAGCUGCAGCCACCAAAAUUAAAUUAUUUUCCUUUACAGCAUCCCUCCCCCUUGUAAACAUAGACCAGCUGAAGUGCUAUUGAGAAACAUGCUGAAAUGCUGAUAUAUAUUUGGACCACUGCUACUCAAAAUUGCCUAAUGCACCUUUAAAAAAAAAAGUAGAAAAAGAGAAAUCAGAUGAACAUAAUUGACACUGCCAGAGCCAAUGACCUUAAUAAACAAAAAAACUGUAGUUCUUAAACGCUCCUUAGCACAAAUAAUCCCCAUCUGCCAUAGCUAAAAAUCAUGGGUCAAAGAGAAACUAGCAGUGAGACUGGAUUGGAAAGAUCUGCUCACAGAGAGGUAUCUGAGAGGAUUUGAAAUUUGAAAUGUGGAGGUUGAACCCUUCAGUGUGUUGUCUGUGCCGUACUGUACAGUAGUAGCUUAUCAGUUUAUCUAUAUCUACUUCUCUAUCUAUCUUUCUCUGUCCUAGACCAGUUUACAGUACAUAAGUGACUGCACUAGGCACUCUUGGCUUACAGUUUUUGAUUGGAUUCAUUUUCUUUUUGACUGAGGAAGUUACAUUAUUGUUAGUGUUCUCCUCUGUCAGUGUUUAGAGUUUUUCAUUAAGACUAUGAUGUUAUUGGUAUUCACUAUUGAUGAUUAUUGCUGUAGUUUUACAUAGAAGAAGAAACACUUCUUUUAUCUGGUGAAAAUACUGAGCUAUUAUACAAAUCACAUAUUUACAGUGGCAGCCAUUGUAGUACCGUCCCUGUCAUGAAUUUCUACAGCGUUGCUCCUACUAAUGACUGUGUGUAAUAUCAUCUAUUAAAAAUGACAACAAAAGAAAACAACAAUG